UUAGAAUGUUCUUGUGUUGUACGUCUCUAGUUCUGGGACCAUUCUGAGCAGUAAGGCAUGGGUAUUAGCACUGUGCUUUGACGGUCUGUCUACGGGAGCGUUUACAUCGCGAUUCAGGUGUUCUACCUGAUACACCUGGAGUCUCCACAGGUGAAUGCAGCAGGUGUGUAGGUGAGUCCGAGCGUUGAACUUGUCGCUGUAAACUGAGUCUUGCUUGGAAGCCCUCGAAUUUUCUCGGUGUUGCGCUGUCAACAAAACGUCAGAGAAAACAUUUCGGAAUUUCAUCGCAUAUUUCGUCGUCGCAAGGGUAGUUCUACGUGCAUAUACAGUGGUGAAAGUUGUCCUAUGUGUUGCUGAACGGAUAAGUAUAAACAGCUUCUCUGUUUACAAGGACGUUCAAGGUUGUACGGUCAACAAAACGUCAGAGAAAGCAUUGCGAGAUUUGAAAAUUUCGGAGACGUUCAACGUUCAACGUCGCGAGGAUAACUAUUUCUACGUGCAUAUACAGUGGUGAAAGUUCUCCUCUGUGUUGCUGGAAGGAUUAGCAUAAACAUAAACAGAUAAUUUGUUUACAAGGACGUCCAAGGUCGUCGAACAAACAUGGCGGCUGAGGUCGCGCAGGGACGGAUCCAUGGCCCCCUGUCCAAACGCAGUAAUUCGGACACGUCCGUGACCGACGGCGACCGGAGGGACUCCGUCAAGUCGGACACCGGGUCUUCGGUGUCGAGUCGGCGGGCACACCGCCCGCACGACAGGACGGUCCGACGACGGAGCGUGGGCGUCAUGGACCUCGGCAGCCAGGCCAGGAAACCCGUACAGGCCUUCAAGUCACACCUUGGCGGGAGCCUGCUGGCCUCCCGGCGGGGCACGGCCGCCUUCCGCAGCAUGUUCCUGCCCAAGCUAGACGCCGAGCCAGAGGAACCCAAAAUACCGGACGUGGUCCCCACCCGAGUAAAGGACCUGCUGAGGAAACCGGCCAAAGAUCGGACUGAGGAGGAGGCGGACACGGUAAGCAAAUACUCGAACAUCCCAUUAACUUAA